AUGAAGUCGAGGGCGGGCAUGAAAGCUCUCAUCGACAACCACCAGACCCGGGACCUGGGCAUGCUGCUUACCCAGGAACCAUCUAUCACCGCAUCAGGAACACGUGAACGACAGCGCGUGAAGACUAUACCAACCGACGGUGGAGAGCGACUCGAUCCGAUUUCGAAGUCUGAUCUACGUCAAUCAAAGACUAUCCACGUCCUCUCACCGGCAACGUGCAGUCACCCAGACCUGGCGUCAAUUAAGAUCUGGAUGGCUGACACCCGAAUUCUGGUCUUCUCAGCCUACAUCAGCCUGUAUCGAUGCACAGGCCCCAGGAGGCAUCAGCGGAACCGGUAUUAUCAGCUCUUUACGACACAAUACAAGAGGCUUUCCAAGAUAUCAACAGGACAACCAGCACAAUACCGUCAGGAGAUUUCAGCCGCCACCACCCGACCACAGCGCCGCUACUCUGAAUUGUCCCUGCAUAUGCGACGCAACUAUACAGCCAAGCUAAGGAAAGCCUACGACGGAGUCAACUGGGAGAAGAUCGGAAUAGAAGUAAAGAACACAGUUGAGUCACUUGCUUCGACCGCGAGUUAA